GCUCGUAUCCAAAUUCCAAACACGCCCUCCCUAUGCGAGUCCAACCUCCGACUGAAACAAAUCACCGGACGCUCUCCAAACACGCCUUCCCUUCCUUGCCCGCCGCCGCUGCCGUUCCCAUCUAUCAAUCAUGUCAAGUGGCAGCAAGAUAACCGGCGAAGGCAAGGUAACCACCUUCAAGUGGUUUGACAGGGAAGCCAGCUCCGGUCCUUUAUCCCCCCGCGUAUCAUACCUGUUCAAGCACUUGAACACGGAGAAGAUCAAUGCCAUCAUGAAUCGCAUGAACCGUGGAGAAAUUACGGGUGAUGAAAUGAUCAAACUCUUAGAAGAGGAAACGAACGCUUGCCUGGAGGGCAUGGAGGAGGAGGGCACAGUCCGCCGCACGGAGGAGGACGAGGGCACGGAGGAGGACGAAGAGGAUGGAGAGAUGGGGAAGGCGGUAACAAACUCCAUUCAGUCCAUUGAAGAUCCGAAUUCAGCUUUGCUGUCCUAGGUUGUUGCAUGUAUAUAAUCUGUACAUUAUCUACGUCUAUUCAGCUGCAGCUGGGAGAUAUGAGAAACUUGGUAUCGUGAAACGGCCACAGCCGUCCCUUGUUGAAAGUGAGCUAGAAUGCAAGAAGCCAAGACUAGCACAAGGCUAAUGCUGCCAGAGAGAAGAAGAUGAGGCUGCAGAGAUAUAGAAUUCCUUUUGGUUUGUAACGACUUAUCUUUGAAUCCCUACACCAGUUUCUGAACUUUCGGUAAACCCGCACAUUUCAGCAACUUGCAACGUUUUUCAAUCUUUCUAGUAAAUCCAGUCAAAUCAGACUGGGUGGGUGUUUCUGCAAC